AUGAGAGGCACGAAGAAAAACGAACUUACCACCAUCAGUUACGGUGCGGACACCGUAAAUAUCGAUGGACCGCCGCAGGACGAGAAACGCAGCCAAAAGGCUUUGAUCGCCGAGGCGCAAAUCGGCUUUGCCGAUGAGAAAGAGUUAGGCCCAAGGGCAGCACUUAAAGCCUAUCCUAAUGCCGUUCUGUGGUCCCUUGCAUUCGCAGCCUGCGUUAUCAUGGAGGGUUAUGACACUGCCCUGCUUGGGAGCUUCUACGCAUAUCCUGCUUUUCAAAUCAGAUUCGGCCGUUUCGUGGGAGUUACGCCAAGCACGCCGAGUGGAUAUCAGUUAACCGCAGCCUGGCAAGCUGGCAUGGGCCAAGCCGGUGGUGUCGGCAGCUUUUUCGGAGCCGCUCUGAACGGCUAUAUGGUACCAAGAUGGGGCCAGAGGCGUGUUGUUAUAGGGUCCCUCAUCGUCUUAAUAAUUGGUAUCUUCUUUCCCUUUUUUGCAUCCAAUUUGAUUGUUUUAACGGUUGGAGAGCUUAUCUGCGGCUUUCCCUGGGGAAUCCUCACCACUUGUGCCACCUCCUAUGCGUCCGAAGUUCUGCCCACUUCUCUCCGGGUAUACCUGACUUCAUUCACCAAUAUGUGCUUUAUAAUCGGUCAACUCAUUGCAGCUGGCAUAUUAAAGGGCUUGUCUAACCAUAUAAAUCCAUGGGCCUACAGAAUCCCUUUCGCGAUUCAAUGGGUGUGGCCUUGUUUCUUAAUUCCGCUUGUGUAUUUUGCUCCUGAAAGCCCCUGGUAUCUGGUCAGGAAAGGCCACUUGGACGACGCAGAGAAAUCACUACGACGAUUUCAAAACCCCAAAGCGAAUAUCAACCCCACAAACACGCUCGCGGCAAUUAUCCAUACUGAUAAUUUUGAAAAGACGCACGAGGUGGGUACAACAUAUUUGGACUGUUUCAAAGGCGCGGAGCUUCGCCGAACCGAGAUCGCUUGCAUGGUCUUAACUGGUCAAAUCUUAUGCGGUAUCAAUUUUGCCUAUAAUAGCUCCUACUUCUUUGAAAAUGUCGGUGUUGGUACAUCUACAACUUACUCCCUUAACCUUGGGGGCACUUUCCUGGCUCUUUUUGGAUGCUUCGUCAAUUGGUUUGCUCUUAUGCCAUAUAUCGGUCGUCGUACGAUAUACGUCUGGGGUAUGGCAGUAAUGACUGUGAUUCUCAUUGUGAUUGGUAUCCUUAAUGUGUGGACUCAUCACAAACGGAUUGCCAUGACACAAGCUGUGCUUACUUUAGCCUGGACCUUGAUAUUCCAGUUCUCUGCCGGGCAGCUCGGCUGGGCGCUUCCAGCUGAAAUGGGAUCCACUCGACUCCGCCAGAAGACCAUCUGUAUCGCAAGAAACGCAAACGGUGUUGUUGGGAUCGUAGCGGGAGUUCUCCAGCAGUACUUCAUGAAUCCACAGGCGUGGAACCUCAAGGGCUACGUUGGAUUUGUUUGGGGUGGUACUUGCUUUUUGAUGUUUCUUUGGGCUUUCUUCCGGCUUCCUGAGACCUGGAACCGGUCUUAUCAGGAACUGGAUAUUCUCUUUGCGAAGAGGAUCCCGGCAAGGAAAUUCGCUAGCACUGAAGUGGAUCUCUUCGAGGACCAGGAGAUCGGCCUGGAUUUUAGAGAAGCUCCAGCAGACUUGGGUUAA